AUGGCAAUCGAUGGAUCAAACAGAGAAGAUCUAGCCUACUUCAAGACUUCUUGGGCCAAGGACAUCAUCAACGAAUGCAUGUCAAAAAAUGGCUAUAUUCUCAAGUCAAACGAAACGAGGACCGUCAAGAGUGACGGAGAGGAUUCGCUGUUUGGCGGUACCUUGCGGUCACCGAGCACCAUCUCUCGCGCUUUGGCGCUGUGCAAACCCGCACCAGCCGCAACAGUGCAAGCGUCAGCGAAUGCGGCAGCCCUGGCAGCAAGUGGUGCUGGAGCAGUAACAGAUCCCGGCGAGCAAGAUUUCGGCGAGACGCUCUUCUUCCUGUCUCUUGGCAAUGGCUUGAAUGGUCAUCCUGAUAUCCUGCAUGGCGGUAUCACAGCGGUGAUUGCAGAUGAGACGCUCGGCAAUGCUUCAUCCUUUGUUGAGGGUCACAGCACCUUCACAGCAUGGUUGCGAGUCGACUACAAGAGUCCACUGCCCACUCCGAGUGAUAUCAUGGUACGAGCCAAGAUGUACAAAGAAAUCGGCCGGAAACGAUGGCUCAGAGCAUCCAUUGAAGGACCACAAGGAAAAGUCUAUGCCACUGCCGAAGGCUUGUUCAUCAAGACUGCCGGGAGCAAAGCCAAGUUGUAAAUGCUUGCUAUGGAAUGCUAAGCUGAAAAGAUGCGAGAGUAUAGAAGUUCGUGGCGACCCUGAUAGACAUCGAGCAUGGCAAAGGUCUGGACACAGUCAUCAGUAGACAUUGCUUCGCUCAACUUGGCUGCAUGUGUCAAUGCUUCUCGCAU